AUGGUGCAGCCGCAGGCCGCCAAGGCGGGGGGCGCCGCCGCGGCCGCCGCCGCCAGCGCCCCGAUGGACGACGUGAUUGACACCCUGACCUCGCUGCGCCUCACGAACUCGGCGCUGAGGCGCGAGGCGUCCACGCUGCGGGCCGAGAAGGCCAACCUCACCCACAUGCUGGAGAGCGUGAUGGCCGAGCUGACGCUGCUGCGCACGCGGGCGCGCAUCCCCGGCGCGCUGCAGAUCACGCCGCCCGUGUCCGCCAUGGCCUCGGGCGGCUCGAGGCCGCUGACCACGCCGCCCACCUCCCUGCCCGAGCCCUUCUCCGGGGACCCGGGCCAGCUGGCCGGCUUCCUGAUGCAGAUGGACAGGUUCAUGAUCUUCCAGGCCUCCCGCUUCCCGGGCGAGGCGGAGCGCGUGGCCUUUCUCGUGUCGCGGCUGACCGGCGAGGCCGAGAAGUGGGCCAUCCCGCACAUGCAGCCGGACAGCCCGCUGCGGAACAACUACCAGGGCUUCCUGGCCGAGCUGCGCAGAACCUACAAGUCCCCGCUGCGCCACGCGCGGCGCGCGCAGAUCCGCAAGACCUCGGCCUCCAACCGGGCGGUGCGCGAGCGGCAGGUGCUGUGCCGCCAGCUGGCCGCCGCGGGCACGGGGCCCUGCCCGGUGCACCCGGCGUCCGGCGGGGCCGGCCCGGCGCCUGCGCUGCCCUCGCGAGCGCGGAACCUUUAAGCGCCCGCGCGCUCUGCCGCGCGGAGGAACUGUGCAUUCUGCAGUCCUGCCCACGCCCACGCGUGAAGCUGCUCCCUCCGCCUCUCCAGGCCCGGCUCACCUGGCUGCGCUCGUGCCGGGUGCUCGCUGGGCGCCGACUCCGAGUGCAUGCCCCCCCAUCCCCCCACCCGCCGCGUCCCGGCUGCCGCUCUGCCACUCGUGAGCCUCACUCAGCACGGGGGCCACCGUUGCCCAUGUCGCUGAGUUCCUGCUGAUGAGCUCCGGACCUGGAACAGGGGUCUCGUGCCCCCCACCCCUCCACGGGUGGUGACACCCAGCGGGACAGCGCCUCUGGCAUUCCUGGGGGCAGGCCUUGCCUCCGCCGGUGAUUUGCUGUCCGGUUUGCCCGUGGCUGCACAGGGAAGGACCUGCUGGGCAGUGGAUGGGAGACGUCCCCUCGGCUGAGCGCUGACCCACAGCGGGCAGCAGCCCUGCAUCUCCAGCGAUGUCCGGUCCCUCGUGGUGAGCCUUGCUGGGCUUGACGCCCCUGCCCGCCUGCGUUCAGGUGCCCUGUGGCCUCUCUCAGAGCCCUCACGCCCCCUCCAGGUCUGCAGUGGCCUGCUAACUGAGCCUUCGUGCCCAGCCGCUGUCCAAGGGAGGAGUAGACAGCCUCUGAGCGGGAGGCAGGGGAGUGUCCACCUCUGGCGGCCACAGCCGGGGUCGUGGGGGUGUUUGUGGAGGUGCGGAGCUGCGACGGCCCAGUUCCUGGUGGAGCAACAGUGCAGAGCCGGCACGUGCGUCCUGGACCCGAGGGAUGGAGUUGCACCGCCUGGAGCGGACGGCCAAGAGGUCACUGCCCAGGACUUGCGGCUGAGACUCGGCCAGGCCUGGUGGACUGGUGCCCCGCCACGUCUCAGUGCCAGAUGGCCCACCGAGGUGGGACGUGGUGGUUUGCCCUGGGCUGGCCUGCGCUGGUGUGGGUGGUCAUGCUGAGCCAAGGAAGGACCCUGUGCAGCCUGCGUGCGGGGAUCCCGCGGCCCCUACGACUUGCUGGGGAGGUGACCGCGAUGGAAGCAGGGGCAGGGGACACUCGUGGCUGCCGGGCCUGUGGCCCCGUGGCCGCUGCGCACGUUCCUUGUCAACUCUCAGCUCGGCCGCCCGGUUGCAUAGCCGCCUGGAGACGGGUCUGGGUUCCCCUGGACUUGACCGAGGCUGUUCAGGUGGGGCCGCGGCGCUCACUAAGCAGGAGUGGGGGUGCACAGCUCCCUUCCCUGUGCUCAGCUGUGUCUCCAGCAGCCGCACUGUAAGAUUUGCACCUGCCCGGCAGAGGGGCUCCAGGGGAAGGGGUCCAGUGGCACCUGGGGCGGGGAAGACCCCUGGUGGGUUUCCACGGGGCCCUGCCUAGCCGGAGGAGGAUUGCCUCCUGGCGGUGGAGCAGGUGCCGUGCUGGGGGGUGCUGGCGCCGCAGCCAUGGCCACAUGGGUGGGGCUGGCCACCCUCCAGCCCGGGCCGCUGUCCAGUGUGCUCAGCGUCCUCCACCGUGCGCUUGCUGUGGCUCUGUGACCUUCUUGAUGGCUCCUUGUGCCUUUGGGACCUGGAGCAGAUGAGAGAGGGUCAAGGAGUGGCUUCCCCAUGGGACCCGGGUGGGGCUCAGGUUAGAGGAGCUGGUGGGGGGCUCUUUGGGCCCCUGUGGGAGACCCCUCAGCCUGAGCCGAGGAAGAUGGCUGAGAUGGGGGCGUCAGGCUGAAGCCGGGCGGGGGAAGGCAGAGGCUGGCCGUGUGCUUUGGCGCUGCAAUUCCGAGAGCAGGUGUUGAGGUAUAAAAGGGACAGGCAGCGGUGGUACGCAGGCGUGAGAAGGGGCGUUCAUCCGUUCUCGUGCCCAUGUGGUGCCCUGGCUGGUAACCCCCCCCCCCCCGCCUUCUGCAGGGGGCUUCAGUGUAGGAGCAGCGCCCUGGUCCCCGGGACUGUGGCCUUGGGGUUCGUAUUUCCUGUUGAAGCCCCUCCGUGGCUCCUGGGAAGCAGUGAGGAUCUGUUUCCUUGGCCACGGAGCUGCCACUGGCCGAGCGGGGCCCUGGUGGCCGGAAGGGAAGUGGGGGAGCUGGGCACGUGCCAAGGUCACCUUGGGGAGGGGUCCUCACAGCUGAGCUCCCGGCUGUGUGGGACGCGCAGGUGGAGGGGGUUUGAGGGAACGGCCUAGGCGGGGGCCCCUGGGGAAGGCAGCGAGAGCCGGCGCUGUGGCCAAGGGGCAGUUUCCUGUGAGGGUGGGCUGGGCGCAGGGCGCUCUGCCGGGCGUGGGUGUGGGACUGUCCGUGACCUAGCGUGGGGUCAGGUGGCAGUCAGCACCACGUGGACGUGGAUGAGGAGGGAGGGGAUGGUGCUCCUCACUGCCACAGCUCCGGCGGCUUGCAGUGAGCCAAGUACCGUGGGACGCCGGUGCCUCCUGCAGGCCUCUCACCCCUUGGCCAUGGCUUCUUUGCAUUUAGUUUUUAACACAGUUAUGCUAUGGUACAAUUUUGCGUAGCUGCACUGACCACAUCUUCGGCCCGCACCCGUGUCCUAACCGGCUUUAUUCCGAGCUGGCUGCACUCUGCCGGCAGGCGGGUGGAAGCCGUGGCCCCAGCGACAGCGGACGUCCUGGGGCGGCCCCCGGAGGGGCCUCCUGAGUGAAAGCCGUGGAAACCUUGCGGGCUCUGAUUCCCCGUCGGCAGAGAGGCUUCCGCUUAGCGGAGGUAUUGGUGUCUCUGUUCGCUGCCACGAGCCGGGAGGGCGUGCCCAUCUCGCCAGUGCUGGCCCUUGGCGCCAGGCUGACCUUUUGCUGUCUCGAUCCUGAGAACAUAGGCUUGUGUUUGCGUUUCUUUGAUUUCUAGCACAGUUGAGCAUCGCUCUUGUUAAACGGCUCUGUCUCCUCUCUCGUGGGUUGUCACUGUCCUUGGCUCUGCCUACUGGGGUCUGAUAACGGUUGUGUGGGCUCGAUACCUAUUAAAGAUAUUAAC